GGCAGGUGCAGAGAAAAUGGUUGAAUGCCUUCUCAGAUCAGACAAGGAGAACUGGCCGAAAACUUUGAAACUUGCAUUGGAGAAAGAAGAGAGCGAGUUCAGUGAACUGUGGAUGGUAGAGAAAGGUGCAAAAGAUGUCAAAAUGAAAGAUUUUGAGGAUGAUGAAAUGAAAACUUUGGAUGUACAGGUUUUCUACCGGGAAGAACCAGAAAACCAGAAUCUUAAUUCAUGCCCUUCUUCAGAAGUGCCUCAUACUUACAGCCCAUUGAAGCCAAGAAAUUACCAACUAGAGCUUGCUUUACCUGCUCAGAAAGGAAAAAACACAAUAAUGUGUGCUCCUACUGGUUGUGGAAAAACUUUUGUUUCACUUCUUAUAUGUGAACAUCAUCUUAAAAAAUUUCCACAAGGACAAAAGGGGAAAGCUGUCUUUUUUGCUAUGCAACUCUCAGUGUAUGGGCAGCAGAAAUCUGUGUUCUCAAAGUAUUUUGGAAGACUUGGGUACAAAGUUGUAGGCAUUUCUGGAGUAACAUGUGACAAUGUCUCAGUGGAACAGACUGUUGAGAACAAUGGCAUCAUCAUUUUAACUCCACAGAUUCUUGUGAACAACCUUAAAAAUGGGACUAUUCCAUCACUCUCUGUCUUGAUGAUAUUUGAUGAAUGCCACAACACUAGUAAACAUCAUCCUUAUAAUAUGAUCAUGUUUAAUUGUCUAGAUCAGAAGUUUGGAGGGUCUUCAGACUCACUGCCCCAGGUCAUUGGGCUGACUGCCUCGGUUGGCACUGGGGAUGCCAGAAAUACAGCUGAAGCCACAGAAUAUAUCUGCAAAUUGUGUGCUUCUCUCGACACAUCAGUGGUAGACAAAGACAACUUGGAGGAACUGGAGGAGAUUGUUUAUAAGCCCAAGAAGUUUUUCAGGAAAGUGGAAUCACGGACCACCAACAGAUUUAAAUGCAACAUAUCUCAGUUGAUGAUAGAGACAGAUUUGGUAAAGAGUAUCUUUGAAGAACUUGAAAACUUAUCUCAAAUUCAAAAUAGGAAUUUUGGAACACAGAGAUAUGAACAGUGGAUUAUCGCAGUUCAGAAAGCGUGCAUGGUGUUUCAGAUGCAAGAUGAAGAGAGCAGGAUUUGUAAAGCACUGUUUUUCUACACAUCGCAUUUGUGGAGAUACAAUGAUGCCCUCAUUAUCAAUGAGCAUGCUCGAAUGAAAGAUGCUCUGGAUUACUUAAAAGACUUCUUCAGAAAUGUCCAAGCAGAAGGAUUUGAUGAGAUUGAGCAAGCGCUCACUCAGAGAUUUGAAGAGAAGCUGCAGGAACUAGAAUGUAUUUCCAUGGAUCCCAGCAAUGAGAACCCUAAACUCAAAGAUCUCUGCUUCAUCUUGCAAGAAGAGUACCACUUAAGCCCAGAGACCAGAAUCAUCCUCUUUGUGAAAACCAGAGCACUCAUGGAUGCUUUAAAGAAACGGCUUGAAGAAAAUCCUAAGCUCAGCUUUCUCAAACCUGGCAUAUUGACUGGACGUGGCAGAACAAAUCAGAAAAUAGGAAUGACCCUCCCAGUACAGAAGUGUGUAUUGGAUGCAUUCAGAACUGAUGGAGAUAACAAGAUUCUGAUUGCCACCUCAGUUGCUGAUGAAGGCAUUGUCAUUGCUCAGUGCAAUCUGGUCCUCCUAUAUGAGUAUGUGGGCAAUGUCGCCAAAAUGAUCCAAACCAGAGGCAGAAGAAGAGCAAGAGGGAGCAAGUGUUUCCUUCUGACUAGUAAUGCCGAUGUAAUCGAAAAAGAAAAAAUAAACAUAUAUGAAGAAAAAAUGAUGAAUGACUCCAUUUUAAGCCUGCAGACAUGAGAUGAAGCAGUAUUUAAAGAAAAGGUUUGCCAGAUACAGAUUCAUGAAAAAUUCAUCAGGGAUAAUCAAGGAAAAGUAAAACCUGUGCUUGAUAAGGAAAAUAAAAAACUGCUCUGCAGAAAGUGCAAAACCUUUGCAUGUUAUACAGCUGAUAUAAGAGUGAUGGAGGAAUGCCAUUUCACUAUGGUUGGAGUUGCUUUCAGGGAGCAUUUUGUGAGUAAGUUACACCCCAGACCAAAGAGCUUUGGGAGUUUUGAGAAGAGAGCAAAGAUCUUCUGUGCCAGGGAGGACUGCAGCUAUGACUGGGGAAUCCAUGUGAAGUAUAAGGUAUUUGAGAUUCCAGUUAUAAAGACUGAAAGUUUUGUGGUGGAAGAUGUUGCAACUGGAGUUCAGACACUGUAUGCAAAGUGGAAGGACUUUCAUUUUGAGAAGAUCCCAUUUGAUGCUGCAGAAAUGUCCACUUGAGCUCAGGACCUCAGUCUGCAGGGAAGGGGUGACCUUGAGUGAGGAAGAAAUUAGACCAGUGGGUGAAUCACAGAUCACUUGUACCACUGUCAGGAUAUUUUCCCUAAGGCUUGUACUGU